AUGGCGGAUAUUUCUCGUCAGCCUGACUCCGCAGCUCAGCAGUUGGAUCCCGUCCUCGUGGAGGGAGCGCUCUUCUUCCGGCCAGAGGAGGGGGGGAAUGCGGAGAUUGCGCAAGGCGCAAAGGCCGCUGCGGAACACCUGCAGCAACAACAGCAGGAGCAGCAUGGCGCGCGGAAUUAUCCUUCAGAUGCGCGUAACGUGGCGCACGGAGAGGGCGCAUGGUCCUUUCGUUUUAAUCACAGCAACGCGGGUAGAGCAAGCGAGGCGGCUGAAGGGGGAAGCACGGGAGCGGAUUUAGGCGUGCAAUUGCGAUCAAUCAACGUGAGAACGACCAGGAACAGAAACACCCCCCGUACUAGUUGGGAGCGGCAGGAGGGCUCAACCCUCGACUCGUCGUCUUCCCCUGACAGCGCGUCCCCGUUUGGAACUGCUUCGGUUACAGCAACGGAGGCUGGAGACUCCCUAGCGGUGUACCAACGAGCGGUGGCUAAGCUGGUGACGUUUGGGUUCAACGGGAAGGAGAUGAACGACCAUGCGCGCCGCCUCAUCGCCUUGGGUGCAGGCGGCGUCAUUCUCUUCUCACGCAACUUCUCUGACCCCCGCCAGCUGGCCUCUCUCUGUGCCGACCUCAAGCGGGCGGCAUUCCCUCGGCGUCUUCUCAUCAUGGUGGACCAGGAGGGCGGCAGAGUCACCCGCCUCGGCCCGCCAUUCACCUGCAUCCCCGCCGCCCGCACCAUCGGCUUGGAUAGCCACCUGGCGCUUCCUUAUUCGUCACACGAUCUGAGCCGGCUUGAAUCCGUGGAGCUGGUGCCGUUUGCGCGGGCGGCAGUGGAUGCUGACGUGGCAGCUGUAAUGGUUGCCCACUCCACGGUGGGAGCUGUUUUCCUCCUACAGGAGGCGAAAGCAGUGGGAUGA